UCUCGCUUUCUACGCUCCCAAAAUCGCAAAAAUGUUCAAGAUCCUUCCUCUUUUUGUCCUGGCCGUGGUGGUCGCCUGUUGCCAAGCUCUUCCCGUGGAACCCGAACGCGAGACAGUGGCCAUCUUGAAAUCCGAGAUCACUAAGAAGAAUAAUGGAGGCUAUGAAUCUGAGUACGAGGCUGCAGAUGGAACCAAGCGCUUCGAGCAGGCUGAUGUGGUGAACGAGGGCACCGACGAGGAGGCUCUGGAGGUGAAGGGAUCCUACAAAUACACCGAUGACCAGGGCCAGGAGGUGGAGGUGUUCUACACGGCGGGAAAGAACGGAUUCGUCCCAUACGGAACCAUCAUCAACCCGGAAAUCACAGCUGUUGCUGAGGCAGCCAAGGAUCUGCCCAAACCAGAGAAGAAGGAGAAGUUGGGUCAAUAGGACCUGUUUUCUCGAAGAGAUCUCGUAGAACUUAGUUCAUAAGAUUGAUGGAAAGAGCCAGCAGCGCGUUGAA